UUAUCAGUUUACAAAAACAAUUGCAUUCAUUUAUUAAUUUCGGAAACACAAAUUAUUAUUAGUCAACAAUCAUCUAAAAUGGAUCACAGCACAAUUAUAUCAUCAGCCGAAGAACAAUUACGGAAUUAUGGUGUCUUCUUGGAUGUACACGAUAAGAAAUUAGCAAAAAUUCUCAACAAAAACAAUGUACAGAACAAAGAAAAACCUUUGCUAAGGGAACCCUUCGUACAAGUUAAUUAUAGCGCCAAUGAGGAAGAGUUGAUGUUGGUCAAACUGUUGGAGUCGGAAAGAAUGCUUAAUAAAGUUUUGCUAACUUUCGGUCAUUUAUGUGCCGAAAUUGAUGACAUCAACAGGGAGGCCAAACAAAUGCAAUUGAAAUUUCUCUAUAAAGAUGAAGAGUUGCUGGUCAUCAUGCAGGAUAUUACAAAUGUGGAUAAUGAUAUGGAUUUGCCUAAAAAGAAUAAUAGUUACAAUAACAAUAAGGUUAUGCUGAAAAUGAGCGAAUCUAUGGAAUUUUUAUGUCAAAUGCAAUUUCUUUUACAACGUUGCAUAUUGCUGGGCAAUAAUUUAUUACAUCAGUGUGGCGCGGUUUUGGCUCAUGAGAAAACAGCAACGGGCAUAGAAAUGAAAUUGAUGCACAUUUGCGAUUAUUUGUCCAAUUUAUUUUUGAACAUUUUAAUUUUCGAUGAGAUUUUAUAUCAUUCCAAUUUUGCACGAUAUUGGCCCUCAUACAAGAAAACAAUAGAAGCCAUUAGCCAAAGUGGCACCACUUGGGAUAAUUGCUCUUCCUCGGAACUAAACGGUUUGCAAAAUUGUUUGCAAGAAUUGGAUUUUAUAUUCACUGGUUGCAUAUUCAGACACUUUCUCGACAGUACUUUCAGUAUAAAGGAAAAGAUAGGUCCUCAAGGUGUUGGACAAUUAAGCCAGCAAUUCAAUGAAUAUAUGAAACUGCAACUGCAUGAUAUUGAUAAAACUAAUCCCAGUGAAUUAAAUGCAUUUAAUGAUACCCACAAUAUAAUAAAACUAAACGCCUUUUGUGUGGUGUUCCAUGACUUUUGCGGUCAAGUUGAUACGAAAACCCUUAAACUUUUAAUUGAAUUAAAUAACAAACAUCAAGCAAUUAUGCUUAUUGGUAACAUACCUUGGUCUUCAACAGAUUUUUUACGCAAAAAUGCUUUAACCCUCAUCAAAACACAUGAAAAACUUUUAAUGGACUUUCGGCGCCAGCAACAGCUAUUCCUACAACAUCAUGGCCAGAAACUGAGCAAAGAUUGCCGUUUAUAUUGCAAUGAAAUUACUUUAUGGAUGUUAAAAAUUGAAAAGAUUUUAAGUUGUGGUCCCUUUGAGCUGCGUAUUGAACAGUUUAAAGAGCUGACAACGUUGCUAGUGCAGGGAAUACAUACAUCAGGCCAUUUGAGUUAUUUGAUUAAGGGUAUUGUUAAUGCCCAUGAAAAUCUACAGGUGCCCAUGACCAAGCAAACGCUUUUGGAUAUUUGUAAGCUAUUGGAAAUGCUGAAAAUGAUUCAGUUGUGUUUUAAUGAGCAUGACACCAGCAUCGCCAAAGUAAUACAUUGUAUUCUACAAUAUUUCCAAUACAAGGUAUUGCAAUUGAUCAGUGUUUGCAAGAAAAAAAUUAUUUCUUCUAAACUACGCGAUAAAAGCGUGGAUGCUUUGGCUGCAUUAAAAAUAACUGAACGUUGUCUCCAUGGUCCUCCUAGUAAAGCUAGAAUACUAGUAGCCAAACUGGCCUUCGAUGCUUCCAGUGCUAAAAAUAAGAUUUUGUCAACGGAACAACAAGAACGUUUUCGCAAUCUUAUAAAGCGCAUAGAAUUGAUCAGCGAUUUACAAGAUUCCAUGCAAGAUAUGUGUGAUACAUCAUUCUUGUUUUGGCAUCAAUCGAUUUUGAAAGCUUAUUUAAAACAGAUUGUGGAUAGAAAAUUAGAUUUUAACUCAUUUCAGUAUCUAAUACAGGCCUCUACCGAAUGUGGCAACACUUUAAAUUUUCUCAACCUAAAAGAUUUAAAUGUCACCAAAGAUUUACAAAAGUCCACCUAUGAAAGUAUACGUUCUGAGAUUAUCAGUAAAUUAUGUGCUCAAAUUGAAAUAUUCUUGCGUCUAGAAGUACAUGCCAAUUUACAAGUGGAAAAAAUGAAUCCCUUCGAACAGGGCAUCAAUGACUACAAGGAACUGAUAAAUGUAUGUCCUCUACAAGUAAAUGGCCACUAUGUGAUACUUAAGGAUCACAUAGAAAACUAUUUGAGUGCCAUGUUUUAUAAUUUAACCACCAUAUCACUGCACGAUUGGAAAACCUACGAAGAAAUGAGACAUUUGGCCAACUAUCGUUUAAUACUGAAUCCCGUCGAAGAUUAUUUGCCCAAUCAAACCUUGGAACAGGGUAUAGAUAUUUUAGAGAUUAUGCGUAAAAUUCAUAUAUUCGUUUCGAAGUAUGUUUACAAUAUGAAUUCGCAAAUUUUUGUGGAACAACAAAGUUCGAAUAAACAUUUGGACACCAUUGGCAUACGACAUGUGGCGAAUUCAUUGAGAACUCAUGGCACAGGUGUGAUAAAUACCACCGUAAAUUUUACAUAUCAGUUUUUGAGGCAAAAGUUCUAUACAUUUUCUCAGUUUCUGUACGAUGAACAAAUCAAAGCCCGCCUAAUGAAAGAGUUGAGAUCAUUUGCCGAACGCAAACAACAGGAUAAAUAUCCUUUGUAUCCCUACGAACGAGCCGAUGCAUUUAAUAAGGAUAUACGUAAAUUGGGUUUAGCCAAUGAUGGUCAAACGUAUAUGGAUUUGUUUCGGAAAGUAAUAACGCAUGUUGGCAAUGCCAUGGGCUAUAUACGAUUGGUUCGUUCCGGCAGUAUACAUGCCAAUUAUAGCGCCAGUUUGUAUUUACCCAAGUUUGAUGAGAACUUAAAAUUCGUACCCCAAUGUAAAGAGCAACAAUUAAGCGAGGUUGUUCAAAUGGCUGCCGAAAAUGUUGAAACAAAUAUACAAAAUUUAGCCAAAAGUUUUGCAGACAAUACGGAUUAUUUUAAGCUUUUGGUUGAAGCUUUUCAACCCUUCUUUCGUAAUCCCCACAAUUUACAUUUGCGUAAUUUCUAUCUUAUUGUUCCACCUCUGAUCAUGAAUUAUGUGGAGUAUAUGCUGGCGGUAAAGUCUAAAAUCAAUAAAAAAGAUCGCGAAGAAGCUGUGCUCUUCGAUGAUGGCUUCCCCGUUGGUCUGGCCUACAUUCUCAAGCUUUUAAAUCAAAUCGGUGACUUCAAUUCCCUGCAAUGGUUCUCUACAGUCCGGGAACGUUUCGAAGCUGAACGACGAAAAAUAAAAGAAAUGCUCUUAGAGAUUAAUAGUGCUGCUGCCAAUACAGCAGCCAGAGCGAAUACAAAUACUGCCGCAAAGCAGACGAGUGAAAAUGAAAAGCUACAGCAAACAUUGGUACUAACAGAACGUCGCAUUAAUGCUCAUCAAAUGGAAUACAAUAUAUUGUAUUAUAAUUUAUGCAGUGCUAAGAUAUUUUUCCAAUAAGUGCUGCUGUUUAGGUUAAGCAAAUGGAAAGUAAGUGAAAUUAUUAAUUUGUUAAAGAUUAUAAAAAAUAUAAUUAAAUUUAAUCCAAACAAACUGGCACUAGGACUAGUUUAGAAAAACCAUAUCACAUUCUGUAAUUACAACCUUGGAACUAGUGUUGCCACAACCCCUUCCUCCAUAGUUUUGGUUUUUAUGAACAUAAUUCUGGAUAGUAUAUCUUAUAUAUAGAUUAAAUAAGUAGGUCUGAAAGAAUGUAAUUUUCUAGAGGAAUUCAUUCGAGUUGUUCAGCCCGAUAGAACUUGAUAUUGUUAAAAGUAACACAAAAAAAUUGAUUUUUUUCAAAAAAAAUAUUUUAUUCGAUAUAUCAAUACAUGGCAUUAACAUUUGAAAAUGAUUUAGGACAUAUCUCCAACGCGGCAGUUCUUGACCAAACGCAUUCUGGAUUUUGGUUUUGUAAAUGUGGAAGAUGUGAAAUCAAUUUUGUGGAACAUAAGUUAGAAUGUUAUAUUCGGCUAUUCCGAAUUACUACAUUCAGUCUCAAAAAAAUACACUUCCACUCGGAUACCUACGAGUCCAUUGUGAAUACCUUCAAGAAGAAAAUAUGUAAAAAAAAAGAAAAUAGAAAAGUAAUACUUAGGUGAUUAUAUCAGAAAAUCUAUUAGAACACUGGCGAAAAAUCAAUAGAACUCUACGCUCUCAUACCUAAAAUAAUAAUCUACUAUAAAGCCACCCUAUUCCCCUAAUGAAUUCAAUAAUUUUUUCUGGCAUACAGCCCCAACAUCUUUUAUUUCCGCAUGGAUUUGUCGAUCUAACCACCUAAAUCUGUGCUUCACAGUUUCCAAUUCCACUUCGUCCCAUCACAUUGUACAGUAGUCCGGAGUGCCGUUGUCCCAUCUAUUUCUUAUAGUCAUAACUAGGCUCUGACCCGUGAUCAUAACUAUGAUGGCUCUAACACUACUCUUGUGCAGCUCUAGUUGUAGUAGUUUGGUAUCUGUCGUAUUCAGUCUUAGCCACAGGGCUAAUGAGAUUAUGCAUUUCUCCAAGUCCUGAGCAAAAUAUCUUCUAAUAUAUCCUGUGAUAAAAAAAACUUGAGUGGUAGUUUCUCUUUCAAGCAUAAUGCCGAGCCCUACCUUACAAGCUUGUCCGUAAUCUCGUCAGCUUCAGUACCACUGUGUCCUGGCACCCCAAAACAUUUGUAUAUCGAAGUACCAGCUUGGAUUUGAUCCUGGGACCUUUCAGAACCUUUAACGCUGCCUAACUAUUCACAUAAAAAGUCUGCUUAUUACCACAAGUCUGCAUUCAUCCGGAAGUUUGAACGGCAUUUUAGUGUCCGUCUCUACUGUAGACACUGUCUCUACUGAAGACACCUGUUGAUUUGCGAUCCCACAACUAUUAUGAGUUCAGUAUAGUUGACUCUCCUCCUUAUUUCCAUAUUAUCCCAAGAAGUUUUUUGU